AUGGAUGAUUUUAUAAUGCAAAAUAUUUUAAACGAAAAUAUUGAGGAUUUGGAACCCCCUUCGCGACGUACUGGCAAUCCCUUAACUGAAUUGCCCGAAAAACAAUUUAUCAAGUUAUUUAGGGUUAAUAAGAGACUGUUUAAUUAUAUUGUUAGUUUAGUGGAGCCAUAUAUGCGACCAAAACGAAUAUCGACAGAUCUAGCUGUUAAUACACGGGUUCUUGCAGCCUUGCGUUUUUAUGCUGGUGGUAGCUAUCAGGCAGAUGUUGGAUAUAAUGCUUACAUCGGGGUCUCCCAACAAAGUGUAAGCCGAAGUGUCCGAGAAGUUACAGAAGCACUGAAUAGACCAGAAAUUUUAAAUACAGUCAUUAAAUUUCCCAGAAAUUUCCAAGAGCUUCACACUAAAAGAAUUCAAUUUUAUAACGAUUUCGGAUUUGCUGGAGUAAUAGGAUGCAUAGACUGUACCCAUAUAGCCAUUGUACCUCCCCCCAAAAACAAUCCACUUUUACCAGAAAGAGCUUUUGUUAACAGAAAAGGUUUUCACUCAAUAAAUUGCCAAUUGAUAUGUGAUUCCAGAUUAAAAAUUAUGAAUGUUGUGGCUUCAUAUCCUGGGAGUAUUCAUGAUUCCUUCAUUUGGAAUAAUAGUCCUGUUCAGGAUAUAUUACGUGGCAUUCACCAAACAGGAAAUUUGGAUUUUUUCUUAUUAGGAGAUUCCGGCUAUCCGCUUAGGUCAUGGCUGCUAACACCAGUACAACCAGAACCACAAGAAAACACAUCUGAGUAUCGUUUUAACAUACAACAUCAGAGAGUCAGAAGUUUGGUAGAACGAUGCAAUGGGUUAUUGAAGGGAAGAUUCAGAUGUUGUUUAAAAGAUCGAGUGUUGCAUUAUAGGCCAGAAGUAGCCGGAAAAAUCAUAAACGCUUGUGUGGUUUUGCACAAUUUGUGCAUUGAAAAUAACAUUCCUCCACCUGAAGAUUUGGAAGAAAUUAAUAUUCGUGAUGGUACUGAAGUCACCCGCAUCUCUUUAUAA